UCACAUACCUUUCAAAGUGUAGUAAAAUAACGACUUUAGAACUGCGCAUUUAAAAGUUAUUAGGAAUAAGGCUUGAAAUAUCAAUAGUUAUUUUUCAGUUUAUUAAUGUUAAUAAGUGAACAGACAUUGCCAUGGAUAUCAACAAAAAAAUAAACAAAAGACUAGAUAUACAUGGAUAUAGUGUGGAAGCUAGAAAAACUAAUCAGAUAACACAGCUGAUAGGACAAUAUCUCGAAGAACGUUUCGUAAGAAAAGCUAUAACUAGUGGAGGCUAUCCAGAAGGGUCCAUUUUAACUGAAAGUGACACUGAUGUUAUGGAAGUGGUGAAAGUAUUCACCGUUAUAGAAGAAGAGGGACGCAGAGAUAUAUAUGAUUUAUUACAAUGUCUUCCCCCAUUACCUGUUUAUAUUUCAAGAAACGGAUGUAUUUCAGGAUAUUGCAAAUUAAAAAUAGAUUAUGAUAUAAUGUACAUCAUUGAAAUUAAAUUAGAACUAAAUAUAUUUAAAAAUGACAACAAUGAAUAUUUUCUCUCAAGUAAACUGUUCCGUGAGAAACUUCUCCCAGGUGGAUGUGUUCCUGAAAAUCCAAACAAACCAAUAUUUACAUGUAAUGGACCAGCAAUGACUUGUGGUGAUUUAGACAUAGUCAUAUGUUUAGAAAUACAUCAAUGGCCUGUCGAAGCAAUUAAAUGGAAGACUCGUGAAAGGAAGAACAAUUGGCCGAGCAAAAUGACUUUAGAUUCGUUAGAUUCAAAAGUCUCCUGUUAUGUUGUUCCGAUUGGUAGCAAAUCAUCUAGAGAACAAGACAUGGAAUGGAGGAUUUCAUUCACAGAAAUUGAAAGGCAUCUGAUAUGGAGCAUGAAUGAUACACAGUUCAAAUGUUUUGUACUACUGAAGGCACUUAACAAACAAUAUUUGAAAGGCAUUAUAUCGUCUUAUCAUAUUAAAAAUGUUGCACUUUGGCUGUGUGAAGAAUCUCCUGAAACUGAUUGGAAAAGUGAGCUUUUGGUUCAAUGUGUGCGGAACGGUCUUCUGAAGUUAGCCGAAUACGUUAAAAAAGGUAAUCUGCCUCAAUAUUUUGUUCCGAAAAAUAAUCUUUUCCUUCAUAAAAACCACUCUGAAAAAAGGAAAGCGAAGACAUUAAUAGAUGCUGUCCUCGGUGACCUGCACAUCAAAAUAAGCUCAUUGGACAAUUUGAGGUACCGAAUACAAGAGCGUCAGCUUGUUUUUUCAGAAAGAAAUAAAGAAAAGAGACGAGAAAAAUACAUUUCACAGGAACAGAUUUUUUCCCUUACAGAAUAUUUCAGAAGAUACAGCAUUGUUCGAAUGCUUGUAACAGCUCCGAGAUCUUGGAGCCAAUCUCUUGUAGAAGACACUUGCGAAAGUAUAGAAAGAGAAUUUGGAAAAGACGGCAAAGAUAUUUCAUCCUGCAUACGACUAGCGUUCACUACUUCAGAACUCAGAAUGUGUCCGCGCCGGUCAAAGCAAAAGCAGGAAAUUGACAGUUACAUCUCUAAGAUACUGAAGUUUGAGGAAUUUGACUAUUUGACAGUUCCAUUAACAUGUGCAGUUAUAUACUUUCAAUACGAGAGGUUUUCCGAACUAAGGAGCAUACUGUUACCAAAAUUACAAGAUGGGUCUGACAAAUAUUAUAUAAACUGUAACUCUUCAUUGCCUUUCUCAUCUAUUUGUUUAAAAUCAGGAAAACUUACAGAAGUAUUACCAUCACUACAAUCUUGUUUUCCUUCUACAAACAGGCAAAAUAUAUUGUUAAAUUUUCCUUUUUAUUGGAAGGAAUGUCUCCAUUUUCCUUAUCCUGUGCAUCUACAGCUGUCUUUACUUGGACCCAGAUUAAACAUUGAAUGUAACCCGCUCAUUCUGAGCUGCUAUUUAUUAUACUUGUCUGCAUUUAACCUGAGAUUAUGUAAGGAAAUGAAAUCAGUACAGGUCGUCUUUGAGAACGCAUUGACAAGUUACGAUUAUUUUUGGCAUGCGUUCCACUAUGUGCAUCUAAAUUUAUUUGGUCAUAUGAAAUACGUAUCAGGUGACAGAAAAUCGUCCUUCGAAUAUUUUGCAAAGUCUAUUGACGAAAAGCCAGGUGUACAGAAUGCAGCACUUUAUCACAUAGCUAUCAUGAUAAAUGAAUUGCUUUAAACAAAAUGAUUGUAUAGGAGGAAACGAUGGAAGUCGCUAAACAAAGCAAAAAAGACAAUGUUUUAAGGCUUCGCUCAGUUUCAAUGAGCCUGUUUAUGAACAAACUACAUUUGAUUAAUAAUGCUAUAUUUAAUUCAAUUCUUGUUAAAUAGAAAAAAUUAUAAUGUCAUUGUUUUUGUUUCUUAUCACGCAUUUAAUUGGAAUACU